AUGAGUCAAGCGGUCGGCUCAAACGAGUCUCAGGAUGCCUCAGUCGAGACGGCUUCCGGACAGGCAGCCACUGACGAGCCGACCGGCACCGAUGCGAACACCAAAGUCGAAAAGAUGACCUCUAAUUCCGCGCCUGCCGACAGUAAUGGAGAUCAGCAGAUGACGGACGCUGUCGCGGGUGAUGAUAACGGCGAUUCGGAGGCAGAAACAUUAAUUCAGUCACCAGAGAAGCAAAGAACCAUCACCGGUAACACAUCUGUAGCGGGCUCUGUGCACAUCACGGACACCAAAGAUGAAGGAUCGACUACUGGACCAGCGGCGACCGAAGCGGACAGUAAAUCGAGAAAGCGCAAGCGUAGUAUUGACGAUGUGCAGGAUGAGACUACCUUUUCCACCUCCAGUCGUCGCAGCUCCCCUCUAUCAUCACCCCAAGUACCACCGCAUUCAGCAGACAGUGACUCAGACCUAUCGAGCCAUAUUGCAUCACAGAAACCCGAUCCAGUGAAGCAGAAGCGCGAAAAUCAGACUGCCGAUUCGGAUGACCAAGGGAAGCCAGUCCAGAACCAAACUCGCAGACGUCGGCCGAGCGAUAUUCUGCCGCCGAUAAGCAAACAUCGCACAAAGAACAACAGCGGCGGUGUAGAUCCAGGCUCUUCCGAACGCCGCGAAACCAGAUCUGCAACUUAUCCUCGUCAUUCUUCACAUGAACGUUCUCCUUCGCCUCGCCCACCGAUUAAGAGGGAGCACAGGCGUGGUGUUUCAACACAGCUGACCCAUGGUGAUGUAGAGAGGAAAAAGCGCGGGCGACCUCCUGCGAUCCACACCAGGAGAAGUGGUUCGGCCGAUCAUCACGCACCUUCGAUCUCUUCAGAUGAAUCUGAUUCACCGCGGCGCUCGCGACCCGCGCUACACAAAUUCUCAUCGGCGGACCAUGACACCAUGUCACCGGCGAAAGCAACCGGACCGCGAAAAUGGCGGGAUAAAAAUGGUCGUACCUUCCUCUCUAGGGCUUGUAAUAAUAACGACCUUGCGGCGGCCAAAGCCAGGUUUGCGGAGAGGCCAGAAGAUUUGAAUCUGGCAGAUAAUGCAGGAAAUACGCCACUUCAAAUCGCUGCGCUGGAAGGUUUCACGGACAUUGUCAAGUUUUUGUUAGAAAACAAAUGCGAAGUGGAUACGACCAACAUUGACAAAGAGACACCGCUUAUCGAUGCCGUCGAAAACGGUCAUGUGGAAGUGGUCAGACUUUUACUCCAAUACGGAGCAAAUCCACGACUGGGGAACGCCAAGGGCGAUGAACCAUACGAACUGGUUCCACAAGAUGACGAAAACUACGAAGAGAUCAGAAAGCUCCUUGCCGAUGCCAAAGAAAAUCAAACCAACCGACGAAUAUCCUCCGAUCAUAAUGAAGGACCGCGCGAUGGCAACUCGUCAAGAGCCGCAUCGGCCGCCAGUCCUCGUGAUUCACCUCCAAUAAUCGGCCCUAGAAGUCCACCGGCUCUAACCUCCCGACGAAGGACCGGACGGAGUGAAUCGACGAGGAAUGAUCUUCUCUGGCAAGCAAAUACACAAGAAAACUUGACCCGACUGGCUGCAAAGGGUGACGUUCAGGGAGUGGCGAAUAUUCUAAAUAUUCUGCAAAAAGCGGAAACGGAAUCUCUGAUAGCUGCUGCCAAAGCGGGACAUGAAGAAGUAUUACAAUAUCUCCUAGGCAUGGGAGAUCCCGAACCCGAUCCAGAACCACUUCGUCAUAUCAAACCUGGGUUCAACACGCCAAUUCUUGCUGCCAUCGGCCGCGGUCAUCCAGAAGUCGUGAAACUCCUCGUGGAGCAGUCAGGGUUCAAUCCAACAAGAAGGAUUCUUAAGGGGAGGACUUACUUUGAGAUCGCAGCAGAGCGCCGAGGUGAACAAUGGCAGAAAGAGUAUGAAAUUUUGAAAGGUGCAUACGACAAACACGCGGCUGGAAAGUCAAGAAAGGUUCCAUCUCCACGAGUUACAAGAGACUCAGAUAAAAUGAAGUCCCGCGCUUCGCGACGUUCCCAAUCACCAAUCCCCAACAAACUACGCAAUUCGUCGAGUCCAAAUCUAAUGCACAAAACGUUACCGAACAAGUCACCACAAUCUUUACACAAGGACCGAGAUCGAGAGUCGGGUUCCGCGGACGGUGCGGAGAGACGCAAGCACCCUCCAUCCAAGAGAGAAACGCUCGAGUCUUCCGUCGCAGUUUCCUCUGAUCAAGACCAGACUGUGUCUGCUCCGAGGAAAGGGCACGUCAAAAAACGAAGUCAAAGUGACCUGCCACCGCCACCUCACUUGGACUCCGAAGGCCCCCAUCGACGCCGAAGACUGGUGACUGGAAAAGAGCACCGACGGCGCAGGAGUAUCGUUGCAGAGGAAUCUUCCGAUGAGGCGCAAUCCAUGGUUGCUGUCAAAUCAGAAAGUAGACCGGGGGCCGCGCUGAAGCGAACGAGAGACAGCAUCUCACCCGGACCCGCGGUCACUGAGGAGGGCGAAAAUGGCCGGAGCACUGUCAAAAAAAGAAGAACCCUGGUUGAGAGUAGUCCGGAAGAAACGAGACCUGGUCCUAAGCGAAAGAACCAUCGGCCUCCCACUCCGACUCGUGAACCAGACCCCGAGAAACCUACGAAUGAAGAGGAGGAUUCCGAGCGGCAGAAGCCUGCGCAAGAGGCUUCGACGCAGAAGAUGGAUGUCGACCAACCCGACAAGCAGAAUCAAGUUGGAUCCACUGAAUCACUUCAUGGAAUGGAAGUUCAUAGUGGAGAGCAAGCCCACUCUACCGAAACGACGGAUCUUGUCAAAACUGAACCGAUGGAUACCGGUCCCUCCGAGGCGGAACUUGACCUUCAAAAACAAGAGGAGGCAAGAAAGGCAGAAGAGGCGAAGCGACUUGAAGAAGAGAGAAUUGCGGCUCAGAGAGCUGCUGAGAAGGCUGCUGAAGAACGACGAUUGGCUGAAGAAAUCGAGCGUCGGAGGAAGGCGGAAGAGGAAGCUGCACUUCGGAAGAAGGAAGAGGAAGAACGACAGGAAAGGAUCAAACGAGAGCUUGAAGAAAGACAACGCCGACAAGAGGAACAACUUCGUCAACAACGCCUCGAGUUUGAACGACGCCGGAGAGAGGCAUUACCGAUUGUGCUCAACAAAUGCGCUUGGAUGAUUGACAACAACGACCCCACGGUCAAAAGCGAAGCUUGGCUUUCGAAAUUCCUGCCGUUGUUUACUGUUCGAACUGCCCAGCUUGAUCCCGACGCUCCAGUUUCCUGCAAAGACGAUCUAUGGAUACCGAAUUUCCAAGUUGCCGGACUCCUUGUGACCAAGGACUUGAAUCUGCGAAGUUACACUUCACUUGAGAAACGACCGGUGAACCUGACGCAAAGGCAUUGUUUGUGGAAAGUGUCGAGAGUCAUGUUAUCAUACGAGUAUGAAACCAAUGGGUUCAAUACGCCGAUUCAAAAGGCCGUCCAGAGGGAAGAGGAAGAGAGACCCAAGUUCUAUGCCAUGGAAGAACUUUUCUGGGUAAAGCUCUCCGAUUUCGAAGACCAAAUAUUCCGUCAUCCUCAGUUGGCAACGUUGCGUAUCAAGAAGCAACCAAUCUCGUUGAGAAUGAUCGGCCCACUAUCUCCAACCGAACAAUCGCCGCAGCCUAAUGGGAUCUCACAACCUUCUCCCAAGCUAACUAAUGGCAUUAACCCCCAUACGUCACCCACUGUUUACAGCAACGGAUACACUCGUUAG